AUGGAUAGAGUUCACGAAGACGUGAGCGGGUUUGGGGUCGAGCAAGGUAACAUCCCAGCUCUGUGCUUGCCUCUUUCCCAAAGGGUUCAGCAUCCUAACAUCCAGACUACUUCAUCCAGCGUGCAGACAACAAGCUUGACCCCUCCUUCCCCCACGAUACAGACGGGGAAGCCACGACCCUUGCGCAGUCUGCGAGCAGAGCUUUUUCACUUCUUCCUGUCCUACAGGGUGUCGACAGAGGAGGAGCUAGUGGAAGGACUGUACGACGAGAUCACCCGAGUCUCCAAUGACAAGAAGCCCCUGCCCUUCGGAGCAAAAGGGACCUGGCCAAGGUGCGUCAAGAAGCCGACGGCGCAGGCAGAGAGUGGGGUCAAGGGCUUUCUUGACAAGCGCUGCCUGGAGAACGGCAAGGACUGGGAGGCAGGGCUGGUGCUCGGGUUGGCGCACUCGCUGCUCUUCGUCCCUGUACUGUCCUUCUACGUGGAAACUGACGAGACGACGGGAGCCAAGAGGUUCAAGGGGUCCCUCGGAGAGCUGUUGUCGCUUGCUGAAGAAGAUCGAAUCGACAACGUCCUGCUGGAGUACAUCAUCGCCAUCGAGUGGUGCCGCAAGGAGGGCACACACUUGCAAUCCAUCUUCCCUAUCCUCCUUGGCCCCAGAGGAGACGAUGGCACGUUCUCCGAAUUCUCGUGGUCGGGCAUCCGUAUGCUGCCGGAGAGGCCUUCGGUGCUGACGAACGAGAGAGCUGCUGCGAUCCUGUCGAUGCUCGACGUCGACGAGAAGCAGAUCCAGAGCAUGAAGCAGAGGACAAUCAAGCAGACUGUGGAGAUGAUUCUCAAGCACCAGGCUUGCAAACCGUCCGAGAUGAAGCCGGACGAGCAGUUCCUUGAUUACUGCGCUGGGAAGAUACUCGACGUUGUCAUCCGCGACCUCGAAAGACUUCUGCUCGAUCCCAACGAGUUUGCCUUCAAGACUCCGGGAGGACUCGAGGUGCUGCAGUGGCUGGAGGAGUGCGGCCUCCUAGGACUUUCUCACAUGCUUGUCAAGCACCAUGUCGACUCGCUGUAUAAGGCAGCCAACCUGACAGACAACGACGUUCAUGAGAUGUUCGCAUCAGAACGUGAAGGCCAAGAUUUGUUCUCAUGCCGAAAAGGUCAAGAAGUCGCACUCCGAAUGGCCAUCGCAGAGCUGAAGGGACAGAAGAGAUCGAACCGAUAUUCUCAGAGGUUGCUCGAUUUCAAAGACUCGACGACAGCCAUCGGAACUGCAGUCUGGACUACCAACGCCAUUGAGAUUGUAAUCUCAAAGUGGCAGGGGCAAGUGAUGUGUGCUGUGCUUGCCGUCGUCUGCCUUGUGCCCCUGACUGAGUUGAAGAUGGACUCCCUGACCACCUGGCAGUCCAAGGACUUUGGGGUGAUCCUGUGGUUCAAGGUCAUUUACUACCUGCCGUUAUGGGCAUCCACCUCGAUCACGCUGUUCAAGACCGUCUUUGAAGCAAGAUACGUCCGACCGCACAAGGCGUGUGCGACGCUCAAGAAGCAAAUCUUCCGUAUCAACUUCAUGUUCCUCAUUGGAGUAGCCGCAGAAAUCGCCCAGAUCCUGGCGGGAAAGCACCAGCCUGGCUGGACAGUAGCCGACACCCUGUCAGUGAAUGGGACAGCGUUCGAGCUGUUGAUGUUCAUACCAGCCUCCACGUUCGUGUACUUGGUCUUCGAGUACCGGGAGGAGUUUUGGAUUCCUUCCUGGUUACUUGUAGCAUUCGUGCUGUCUGUAACUUAUUCCUACCUGUGGAGGGAGUAUCCCUUGUACUUCCUGAUGACUCUAUUCACGUCCAUCUUCACGUUUGGUCUCUUCGUGUACUUUGCUGUCAUCCGCGUCACCACCAUCCGGGUGGCCCGGAAGAAGCUGGGGUUGAACGUUCAGCAGUACCGCAAAGUUUGGGAAAACUGCCUGCAGGCGACUUCCCUCUCGGGAGGUGCCGACCACAGCAGCGAGCGCGACGAGGAGAAGAGCGUUAGCGACAGGAGAAGCACCUUCAGGAUGCUGCACAGCAGCUCACGACUUCAUCCUAUCGCGAUCGUCGAUCAGCAAGUCACUCGGGGGCCACUGCAGCAGCUGUGGGAGGUCACGUCCAAGGUGGAGGAGGAGCUCGUCCGGCAGUUUCACCACUGCCGAUCUCGCGUGCACCCAUGGAAGCGUUUCUGGCAGCUCAGGAACAAGGGCUUCGGGCGCUUCAAGGCGGCCGAGGGCUCACAGUCGAGCGGAAAGAUCCGACAAGUCUCCUCCAACUUGGACCAGCUGUACGAGCAGGCGAGCACCAUCAACUCCGCCGUUCACGACCUCCUCUCUGACCUCCUCGCUCCCCUCCAAGUCCGGCAUGGCAGCUCGCAGCUGACCGUCGGCAAGUACCCGAUGCUCAUCUAUGGUCCCGUGAAGCAACCCCAACGAGCCAUCGAGAAGUGCGUGCGCUCGUACCGGCGCGACGUGGGUUGCCUGACAGAUCUUGUCCGCUGCACCAUCGUCGCCGAGACUGUCGAGCAGCUGCUGCAGGUGCUCAACUUGAUCCGGGAGCGAUCGCUAGUCGGCAUCGAACCUGCGAACCCUGCGGACGAGACGAUCAUGUCGGUUAUGGGAGAAGAACGAACCAGCUCUUGGGACAGCGAGCCCCUGAGUACCACCCGGGGAUCUUUCCAUCGCCGAGUCGUGUCGCAUGUUCAGAGUUAUGUCAACGGCUUCUUGACCAACAGAGACAGGUGGGCAGGCGAUGAGGAGCGGCAGAAGCUGGUCAGGACUGAGAGCUCGACGACCAAGAAAGAAAAGUUCUUCCGCAUUACUCACGUCAAGAAUCGCUUUCACUCCAGCAGCAAGGUCUUCAACCCCAUGACUGGCUACCGCGACCUCUCCCUGCACCUCGAGGUCGGCUGGACGUUCAACAGGAACAGCGUCGUCUUUCUCCCUGUGGAGGAAUGGGAGCAGGGCACGGUUGAGCGCUACAUCAUUGAGGUUCAGAUCCACCUGCGGGGUUUCUACGACAUCAUGACCAAGGCAGGCUUCCACGAGUUCUACUGCGAGUGGCGCGACAUGAUGUCCCGCUGA